AUGUUUAUUGCCUAUCUUCUUUAUAUGCAUGAUGAUUAUUAUGAUCAUAUUAUGCCGGCAAUCGGUGUUCGGUUUAGAGACGAAAAUAAAUAUGAUCCGGAUGAUAUACUUAUAUAUUUCAAUCUCUUUCAUCAGAGACUAAUUGAACGAAAAAUGAGCGAAAACGAUUUGGCAGCAACAAGAAAAACAUGUCGAAAACAUUGUGGUGAAGGUGGAUGUAUACCACUCGAUAUCGACUUUGGAAUUGCUGUGACAGGCAUUAUAGACGAAGAUCAUGUGACAUUACCUGUACGUCUGUAUGUUUCAGCUUGGGACGAACCGAAUCUGCAUCCUGCUUACAAUCAAAGUCCUAUUGAGAUGAAUGGCGUUGUGACCAUACGUGAUUUAAUUGUUGGUAAAUCCUAUGUUCUUCUCCGAUACUCAUCUUACGAAUAUGUACCAACGAAAGGCACCAUAAAUGAUUUUCUGUUGUCAAAGUUUGAUGAGAAACAUGCAUUUGUGGCAAAUGAUACGACCUACAGUUAUGAAGAUCCAAAGAAAAUUCCAUCAACAGGAUCCGUUUAUUAUCGAUGUGUUCCACAACCUGAUGAAUAA